GAGAAAUAAACAUUUACAUAUAUACUUUUCUAUUUCGUCCGCCGCUCUCUUCUCUCGUCUCACCCAAAUCCAACUUUUCUCUUUUGGUUGAAGGUCAUCUCCUCCGUCUACUACCUUGUCUGCGUACAUUUAUUUUUGUACGUUUGGAUCGAGUUCUUACGAGAAUGAGUCAAAAGUUAGAAAGUGAUCUCUUAAAAAUUAAAUCCAUCCGAAAAUGAGGCAAGGUUUGUUCAUAUACCUUCCAUCAGAAAUCUUGACUGAUAUUCUAUUGAGACUCUCUUGAAAACAUUGCAACUUGCAAAUGCGUUUGCAAACCAUGGCUCAAUUUGAUUGAGAGUGACGCAUUUCUCAAGUCACAUCUUUCUAUAUCCACUCCCGCCCUAGUUGUCUCGAUGCCGGCUACAGAUUCAAAUUGGUUCAAUGUUUUCGAAUUGGAAGACAAGCACAAGCAUAGGCACAGGCACAAGCAUAAACAGGAUCCAAUCACCAAGUUUGAUUUCCCCCAAGCCUCAAGAAUAGAGGGUUCAGCCAACGGAUUGCUUCUUCUUAAAAAUCCUUUUAUUGAUCAUCUUUAUAUAUGUAAUCCGAUCACCCGUGAAUUUGUUGAGCUCCAUGGGCGUCUUACUCACCCACUUCGGUUGGGAGAUUGUUAUGGAUUUGGAGUGAGCAAACUAAGUGGACAACAUAAGAUUGUCUAUAUUAAUCCUAGGUACAGCGGAUGUCAUAUAUACACUCUUGGAACUGGAUCUUUGUGGAGGCGUGUUAAAGCCGCUGCCCCCUUGUUUCGUCGCAGCUUCAAUUCAGCUGGUGUAUUAGUUAACGGCAAUCUACAUUGGCCAGUUACAAACGAUAAUUGGUUUCCUUACAUUUGUUGUUUUGAUCUUGAGACAGAAAGUUUUAGCACAUUCUCUGCACCUGUUAAAAGUUUAUGCGGAAUGUUGUUUACUUUGGGGGGUUGUUUGUGUUUCAGUGAUGAUGUCCCAUGUUCCGAUGAUAAUAAACUCUGGUUGUUGAAGGAAUACGAACAAGUUGAGAAAGUAUGGUGCAAGGUACAUUGCAUCGUCAGGCGAGGAGAAUACAUAAGGGUCUUCGUGGAUGAUAUGAUCUUUGGUCAAGAUGUACUCAGACGUCUUCAGCCUAUCAAUAUUUACAGAAAUGGUGACAUGUUGCUGUUGUUUGAUGAGAAGCUCUUUCUAUACUAUUCUCAAAAGAGGAGAUCUAUUAGAGAAAUUGGUGUAUUUGGUAAAAUGGGUACUGAUUGUUACUAUAUCAAUUCCAUUCUUCUCUAUCCAAGUUUUCUUUCCCUUAAAAGAAAUUUUGGUAUGAAGAAUGUAAUAUCAUUUUAGUUAACAUUUUUAUUCUUAUCACAUGACCUGUAAAUUUACUCAUGUGGAUAUUAUUAAUUGGUUGUUCAGCUAUGAUGAUUGUUACUACUA